AUGUUAUUAGUCGGAUUUAAACCUUGCGAGAUUGUCUUUCUCGUUGAUACUCUCCUGGGCAGUGGUGUUUCUCGGCUUCCCCAGCUGUUUUCUUUUUUUUUUGGGGGGGGGGUGCAUUCUUGCGCCAGGCAGAGGAAAUCAAGAAAGGGAUUCGCCCCCCCAAACUGGCAUCCGCUCCCCCGACCUCGUCGGCUCACAGCAUUUCCAUAUCACAGCCAAGUUGUUGCACACAAGCGGGUAGUGCGACGACUGCUAACAAUCAACAAUCUUGUGUUUAAUUGUUGUGGAAACCUAUUUUUGCCCAUAUGCACUCUCCACCCCAAAUUCCCUUUCACUAAUGACUUAUCGCAGUAUGUAGUCACAUGCGAGUUUCCACCGCUCCAGCUCCACUUUUCUACACAAGCGCCAAAAAAUUGUUUCAGGAAGCAAUUGGACUUGGUGUUGUGUUCCAUAAAUGUUGCAGUUGAUGUAUUCCAUCCUGCUCUCCUCCGCACUUUUAGGUGGAUUUGUUGA